AUGACGCUUGUAUUACACAAAGUCGACAGAAGCCCCCCGGUCAGGGCAGUUCUCAUGACCAUUGAGAUCCUAGACCUUAAAUAUAAACCUGUUGAAGUAGACACACUCGCUGGUGAACAUUUAAAACCGGAAUAUUUAGAAAAAAAUCCUAUGCAUACAGUGCCUUUACUUGAAGAUGGAGAAUUUCCUCUCGCAGAUAGUCAUGCUAUCAUGACUUACUUAGUAUCAAAAUACGGAGCGGAGAAACAUAAAGAAUUGUACCCUACCGACCUGAAUAUAAGAGCUACUAUCAACCAACGUUUGUACUUCGAAGCUGGUGUACUAUUUCCUAAAAUAAUGGCUAUGUCUAGACCCAUGUUCAGGAAGGAAACUAAUGGACCUAAUCAACAGCAUAUUGAAGACACUGAAGAUGCGUACGGGGUUUUGGAGAGGUACCUGCAAAAAUCUAAGUUCUUAGCUGGAGAUCAUUUAACCCUAGCCGAUAUAUCUAUAGUUGCUACAAUAUCAACUUAUGAAAUAUUAAUCCCCGUAACGGAUAAAUAUCCAAAUCUGGUGCAGUGGCUCAACGUAAUGAAAAAUUAUGAUUUCUAUAAAAAAGCGAACGAACCAGGCCUGUUGCAAAUAAAGGAAAUAUUGACGGAAUUGUUAAACCAACAAAUCUGA